UGUGCAUCCUGCUUUGAGCUUCUGCUUGCAUUUCCAACCGCUGUCACCAUGAGUUGCAACAUUAAGGAGACGAUCACGGUGUCUAGCAAAGGCAGGAGCAGUGGUGGCAGCUGCAUCAUUGGUGGUGGUGGCGGAGCACGGAUUUCUUCCUAUGGGAUAGGCAGUGGCAGAGGCUUUUCUGGAAGGAGUUACUGCGGAGGAGUGAAUUAUGCAGGGGGACUGAGUGUUGGUAGCUUGGCUGGUGGGAGCUAUGGCGGUGGCAACUGCUAUGGCAACGGCCUGGGUUUUGGCCUCGGGGGCGGUGUGGUUGUUGGUGGGCUUGGUGGCGACUGCUUGCUGUCGUCCUGCGACGAGAAGGUCACCAUGCAAAAUCUCAACGACCGCCUGGCUUCCUACCUGGACAAGGUGAAGUGCUUGGAGAAGGAGAAUGCGGAGCUGGAGUGCAGGAUCAGGGAGUGGUAUGCUACGCAGGGCCUCUCCUGCGAGCCCCGCGACUACAGCUGCUACUACAAGGAAAUCGAAGAUCUGCAAAAUCAGAUUGUCUGUGCAACCAUUGACAACAACAAGAUCAUUCUGGACAUCGACAACAGCAGGAUGGCAGCUGAUGACUUCCGUGUGAAGUACGAGACGGAGCUGGCCCUGCGGCAGAGCGUGGAGGCCGACAUCAACGGCCUGCGCCAGGUCCUGGACCAGCUGACGCUCUGCAGGUCGGACCUGGAGGCACAGCUGGAGUCGCUGCGGGAGGAGCUCUGCUGCCUGAAGAAGAACCACGAGGAGGAAAUGAAUUGUCUGAGAAAGCAAUCAACUGGAGAUGUGAGUGUGGAGGUCAAUGCCUGCCCUGGACCAGACCUCAGGCAGAUUUUGGAGGAUUUGAGAUGCCAGUAUGAAACACUGAUAGCGCGCAACCGCAAGGAAGUUGAGGAUUGGUACGAGUGCAAGAUUGAGGAAGUGAAUCGGGAGGUGAUUACAAGCGGGCAGGAGGUAGAGACGUGCAACAACCAGGUCACGGAACUGAGACGCCAAUUGCAAGCGCUGGAGAUCGAUCUCCAGGCCCAGCUCAGCCAGACCCAGAAUAACCUGGAGUCCUCCCUGGCUGAGACCGAGUGCCAGUACAACUCCCUCCUCGGGGAGCUGCAGAACCAGAUCACGUGCGUGGAGCAGCAGUUGGCUGAGAUCAGAGCGGAAAUCGAGUGCCAGAACCAGGAGUACAAGACCCUGUUGGACGUCAAGUGCCGUCUGGAGCAGGAGAUCCAGACCUACCGGUGCUUGUUGGAAGGAGGACAGCAGGACCUCAUGUAUGUAAACCUCUAA